GCGCUGCUGAGACACGCACACAGAGAGGAGCGCGCACAGUCAGCCUCUUCACUCUCCCAAACAAAGAGAAGCACGAGAGGCAGCAUCCAGCCUUCAGCCGCAUCCCUCUGUCCAGAACCGGCCCGGACCAGGCACCAUGACCACCAACGGCUCGGCCAACGGGACCAGCGACAUGCUGCAGAUCCAGUUCGGCCUCAUCAACUGCGGGAACAAGUACCUCACCGCAGAGACCUUUGGCUUUAAGAUCAACGCCUCAGCCACGAGCCUGAAGAAGAAGCAGAUCUGGACCCUGGAGCAGUGCGGAGAAGAGUCCAACAGCAACGUGUUCUGCCUCAAGUCCCACCUGGGCCGGUACAUCGCCGCGGAUAAAGACGGUAACGUGACAGGAGACAGCGAGACCCCGGGCCCCGAGUGCCGCCUCAUCAUCACCGCGCACGACGACGGCCGCUGGUCCCUGCAGUCUGAGAUGUUUGGACGGUACCUGGGCGGCACCGAGGACCGCAUCAUCUGCUUCGCCCAGACCGUGUCCGUGGCGGAGAAAUGGAGCGUGCACAUCGCCAUGCACCCGCAGGUCAACAUCUUCAGCCUCACGCGCAAACGCUACGCGCACCUGAGCUCCAAGGUGGAUGAGAUCGCCAUCGACAGGGACGUGCCGUGGGGAGUGGACUCCAUGAUCACUCUGGUGUUUCGGGACCAGAGGUACCACCUGCAGACGUCCGACAACCGCUUCCUGCGCAACGACGGCGCACUGGCGGCCACCGCGGACAAGAGCACGGGCUACACGCUGGAGUUUCGCUCAGGGAAGGUGGCGUUCAGAGACUGUAACGGCCUGUACCUGGCCCCCUCCGGGCCCUCCGGGACCAUGAAGUCCGGGAAGAGCGGCCGUGUGGGCAAAGAUGAGCUGUUCGUCCUGGAGCAGAGCCACCCGCAGGUCGUCCUCACUGCGGCCAACGAGAGGAACGUCUCCACCCGGCAAGGUAUGGACCUGUCAGCCAAUCAGGACGAGGAAGGCGACCAGGAGGUGUUCCAGGUGGAGAUCUGCCGCGACAACAGGAAGUGCGCGUUCCGGACCGCCGCCGGCAAAUACUGGACCCUCACGGCCAACGGGGGCCUGCAGUGCACCGCCUCCACCAAGUCAGCUAAUUGCUACUUCGACAUUGAGUGGCGUGGGAAGAGGCUGACUCUCCGGGCCGCCAAUGGGAAAUACGUCGCCGCCAAGAAGAACGGACAGCUCGCAGCCGCCAUCGACGCUGCAGGCCCAAGUGAAGAGUUCAUAAUGAAGUUGAUUAACCGUCCGAUCAUCGUGCUGCGCGGGGAGCACGGCUUCAUCGGCUGCAGGAAAGUGACGGGAACACUGGACUCGAACCGCUCGUCCUACGACUACUUCACCCUGGAGUUCAGAGACGGAGCCUACAGCCUGCAAGACUCCACAGGUAAAUACUGGAUGGUGGGUAACGAACAGUCCGUGGUGAGCAGCAGCGACACACCCGUCGACUUCCUGUUUGAGUUUUGCGACUACAACAAGCUGGCCAUCCGCCACGUCGCCGACAACAAAUAUCUCCGCGGCGACCACGCCGGCGUCCUCAAAGCCAACGCCGACGACCUGGAAUCCGCCACCUUCUGGGAGUACUGAGCGAGCGAGAGAGAGAGAGAGCGCACCGUCCUCCCCCGUCAACCGAUCUGCUCUUUAUGUUGAACUGCGCACUCACAUGGAAGGGUCGUUUAUAUCUCCUUCCGUCCAGGCUCUGCUCUACAGUGUCAAACCCUUUUAUUUUUGUUUGUUGCCAUAGUUACCGAGGGGCUGCGCACUUUUUCCUGCUCCGAUCUGGUUGGCUGCUCGACCCCGUCACUCCUCCCGUCCCUCGCCUUACGAUUGGGCCUCCCCCGUGUGGCUCGGUCCCUUUUUUUUUUUACCAGAGCAGAGCAGAACCACAAUAAAGCCCUUAUCUCCGCCCCCUCCCCGCGUCCCCCUCCUCUUAAUGUCUCUAUUGUUGAGCAGCACACGAUGGCAGUAUUUAUGACGUCUGACUGGGAGAUGCUUCUACCUGAUCUAAUAAGCCAAAAGCAGCCACUUCCUGUUCCUGUUUGUUCAUUUGGUCGUGUAGCAGCACCUCCCCAAGGGCUGAUCACUUUGUAUGUUUCUGAAGACGUCCAUUAACACAAAAAAAUUAAAAAUGAUAUAACUGGAUUUUAAAAUUAUGGAAGACUUUCAUCUCAAGUGUACAAAUAUUUCACUAUAAAACAAUUUCCUGUGUUGUUCUAGCUGUGUUCUCCUUUGGUUGGGAGUCUGAAUGUCCUGGAUCAAACAGGAUGUAGGAAGUCGACCUCUUCCCCCUUUUUAAACCCCGAUAGCUAUUGUUGAAAGUUUAAAAUGGUUAAAAGUAGAGCGGGAGGUUGCGUUCACCGCACUCACCUGUCGUACUGGAAGAAUAAAACCCCUUUUGUAUGUCCAAGGCACACAUUAUCAUUAGAAGAGGAGAAGUCGGUAGGUGUAGGAAUGUCGUAGGCCCCGGUUCAAAGACUUUACCUUCAGCGUAAACUAAACCUUAAACGCCUCAUUGACUUCUGGUGCUAUUAACCUCAAAACGAUGCCAGUUUGUCAGCCUGCUGUGCACAAAAACACGUGCGAGCCUUAUGUAUAACUCAUUUUUUUUCGGUUUUUCGCUACUGUCUGAAUGUUGACAGCCUUAACAAAUUAAUUUCAUCAUCUCUGUUCCUGUCUUGAGUCGGGAAGUUAAAUAAAGUUUGCGUAACAUGUCGUUCGUUUUUGUUUUUGCCAUUGCACAUCAGGGCCCUUUUUGUUUUCAUUAAUAACAUGUGGUCCUCAUCUCAAAGUCUCUCCAUCGAUUCAUCUCAAAGGUCUGUACGGUCGUCUGCGAUGUUGUUUUUUUUUUUUUUUCUCCAGAUUUACCAACACGAGGCACGGUCAAAGGGAUGUGGAAGGUUUUGUGGUAAUGACUGUGCCUUAUGUGCCACAUUUUCACAGCCAUAGUAGGAAAAUGUAAAGAAAACAGAAGAUUUGGGAAUAAUAAGUCCACAUCUUUGCUUUGUAUAACUGGAAAGUUCCUUUUUGUAUUAUUUUGUAUAAUUUUUUUGAUAUUGUGGAUGAAUAAUCUCUCUCUUGUGCCAUUGGUUCACCUGAAAUCCAACGACCAAUAAAACUGGGAUUUGGAA